CGUUCGGCGGGGCUGGCCGGGGGCGGGCGGCGCGGUGCGGCGGCGCGGACAUGCCCGAGCGGCGCCGCCGACAUCAACAAUAGUCCGCGGCGGCGGGCGGGGAGCCAUCGCGGGCGGGGAGCGGCGGGCGCCGCCGCGCCGAGCCUCCCCUCCCCACCCCUCCAUGGAGGGGCUGUACUCGCUGGGGGUGAGCGUGUUCUCCGACCAGGGCGGCAGGAAAUACAUGGAGGACGUGACCCAGAUCGUGGUGGAGCCCGAGGCGGAGCGCGGCCCCCCGCACAAAGGCGGAGCGGCGCCCGGAGGCCCGCGCAGCGCCGAGACCCCCGCCGAGAGCGGCCGGCGGCGGGGAGGGAGCCCCCGGGCGCCGGAGGAGGGAGCGCUGCCGCCCGGCCCCGGCUCCGGCCGGCGCCCGCGCCGCUCCGUGGCCUUCUUCGCCGUGUGCGACGGGCACGGCGGGCGGGAGGCGGCCCAGUUCGCCCGGGAGAACCUGUGGGGCUUCAUCAAGAAGCAGAAGGGCUUCGGCUCGGCGGAGCCGGCCGAGGUGUGCGCGGCCCUGCGCAAGGGCUUCAUCGCUUGCCACCGGGCCAUGUGGAAGAAGCUGCCAGAGUGGCCAAAGACCAUGACGGGUCUCCCGAGCACGUCGGGAACUACAGCCAGCGUGGUGAUUAUCCGCGGCUCCAAGAUGUACGUGGCUCACGUUGGCGACUCCGGCGUGGUGCUGGGAGUCCAGGAUGACCCCAAGGACAACUUCGUGAGGGCUGUGGAGGUGACACAGGACCACAAGCCAGAACUUCCCAAAGAAAGGGAGAGAAUUGAAGGCCUUGGGGGCAGCGUGAUCAACAAGUCUGGAGUGAAUCGUGUUGUUUGGAAGAGGCCCCGUCUGACCCACAACGGCCCCGUGCGCCGCAGCACCGUCAUUGACCAGAUCCCCUUCCUGGCGGUCGCUAGAGCGCUUGGUGAUCUCUGGAGCUACGACUUCUACAGCGGUGAGUUUGUUGUGUCUCCGGAGCCCGACACGAGUGUGCACACCAUUGAUCCCCAGAAGCACAAGUACAUAAUCCUGGGCAGCGACGGGCUGUGGAACAUGAUCCCACCGCAAGACGCCAUCUCCAUGUGCCAGGAUCACGAGGAGAAGAAGUACUUCAUGGGCGAGCACCGACAGUCUUGUGCCAAAAUGCUGGUGAACAGAGCGCUGGGCCGGUGGCGGCAGCGAAUGCUUCGUGCGGAUAACACGAGCGCCAUCGUCAUCUGCAUCUCGCCGCUGCAGGACAGCAAGAGCAACCUGGAAAACGAAGAAGAGUUGUACCUGAACUUGGCCGAGAGUCCCUGCUAUAGCAGCCCCGAUGUGAAUGUCAUGACGCCCUCCCGCUGCUGCACCCCACCUGUCAAGCUUCCAGAAGAUGAUCCGUGGCCGCGACCGAAUGCUUCUGAGCCUGUUCCUCCCCUCAUGCACAGCAACGCGCUCUCAGAAAAGUAUUUAGAGCUGCCAAACGAGAUUGCCAAAAGCAAUUUACCCUCCUCGGGAGCAACCCUGAAGGAUUCAGGCCCGCCGGAGGAGAAGUGCAGCAAAGCCUUGGCUUUGAGGAUACACGAGUCCUACAGCAAUGGUUUAUCAGUCAGUCUCUCCCCUUCCAACUCCACCAAUUCAGGCACGGACCAAAAAGCCUUGAAGGUGUCUCCUAACGGCCAAACAAAAGCCCACGAAGCAGAGAGGACACCCACAGCAAACUUUAAAAGGACAUUGGAAGAAUCCAACUCCGGCCCGGCUGUCAAGAAGCCGAGACGCGGCCUGGGCCGAAAUGUGGGUGUCCAAGGCGAGGGCAUGUCCGGCGCCCCGCAGCGCCGCAGCUCGGCCAAGCUGGCCAUGCGCCGCAGCCUGCGCGGCCAGAAGAAGCUGAGCAGCUCGCUCUUCCACCCGCCCAGGAAAACCGUCUGCGUCUGCUGAGCGGCCCCGCGCCGCGGCGGCCUCGGGCUGAUGAGGGUGUUGAAGUCGGUGCAGAAGUCUGAAACUCUUCCUGUUUUAAUCCUUUUUUUUUUUAAAGUAGAAACUUCUUUUGGUAUCGAACAGCUUUACCCCAGCCUUGUACUUGCUUGUAUUAUAACUGUGAAUUUUGUAGAUGUGUAGGGUAAAAGUCACUGUAAAAUGUGUGUAAAUUUGUAUUCCUUCAUAUCAAUGUAGUCUCUCUUCCUUGUAUAAUUGUUACAGCGGGGCUAAACUUUGUUUAAAAAAAAAAAAUAAUCCUUUUUGUUAAUUUACUAAAGUCAUGAAUUUGUAUACGCUUCUUGUGAUGAGAAUUUCACACCUUUUUAACUAAAGUAAAUUAUUAAACAGAAUGGAAGAUAUGUAUUUUCGUAGUACUAUACGUUCCACCUAAAGUUUGUCUUUUAGAGAAUACACUAGGUCUAUAUUUUAAAUUUUAGAUUUCUCUACUCAGAAAUGUACGUGGAAGCGGAGAUGUUUGGUCUUGCUUUACACAGCUCAGUGUUGAUUUCCUUAUGUUAAUUAAAAUACUAUGCAGUAUCUUAUUUAGUUGUAUUUUUUGUAACAUUAAUCGUCAAAUUAUUUAGCAAAAAAGUGUGUUUUUAAAACUCCAACUCCCCGAACCAUCCCGCAAAGCCGUUCCCAUCCUGUUGCCGAUAAGGGCGUUAAUCCAGGUGUAAAUCCGUGCUGGCAGAGGCACGAGGUUUCCGCUAUUCCAAUACCAGUGGUGCUGCUAAUACCUUCCUACAUAAGUUCUUAAAUUAUUUUACGACUCUUUUCAUUGAGUAUGUGGACCAUGUGUAUGUUCACCUAAAUAAAACACAUAAAAAUUUCA